CAUAUACAUGCACUGUUUCGGCGUCAGCACGCUAUCCCUAUGUGCAUUUGGCGCCAUUAGCAUUGUGUUGUACGCUUGGCCAAUACUCACGUGUGGGAACUGCCGUACAUCUGCAUACUACACCCCCGCAACCUUGGCAUUAUUUCUGAAUUUUUAAGACUGUUCGCAAAGGAAACUUUACUUUAUCAUUCUGAACUGUUUACUGCAGAUAUUUUGAGUGCUAGCACGUGUAAUUUCUUAUAACAUCAUCAUGGGGAAGAAUAAGAAGGACCCAAACAGGCCCCGUGGACGCAUGUCGGCCUACGCGUACUUUGUACAGGAUCGCCGUAGCAAAGCUGAAGGGCAAGUGAAUUUCACCGCCUUUUCAAAGGAUUGUGCCGAUAAAUGGAGGGGUAUGUCAGAUGGCGAGAAACGUCCAUAUAACGAUAAAUCAGCUACUGAUAAGCUCCGUUAUGAUCGGGAGAUGUCGAGUUACAUUCCUCCUAUGAAAGACAAGAAUUCGAAAAGUGGACGACGCCGAGCCAAAAAAGAUCCAGAUGCACCGAAGAGGAAUCUGUCAGCUUUCUUCCUUUUCAGCCGAGACGAGCGAGGUGCUAUCAAGAAUGCCCACAAAGAUUGGUCAGUUGGAAAGAUUGCACAACAGCUUGCUAAGAUCUGGAAGACGGUUCCCCUAGAAACCAAGGAGAAGUAUGAUGCUGAAGCUGCACGAGACAAGGAGCGAUACUUGAAAGAGAUGGCAAUCUUCAAGGAAACAAAGCCAAAAGCACCAAGAAAGCCGCAGAGGAAGGAAUCAACCAGCUCAAGUUCCUCAGAUGACUCAAGUUCAGAUGACUCAAGCUCUGAUUCUGACAGUGACGAAGAGUAAAAAGUGCACCAAACUAUUAAUUUUGGGGUCUAGAAGAACUUAAUACUUGUUUAGACUGCCAAGACAGUACCCUCAGCCUGUAUCUGUAUGAUGACCAUCAAACAUUAUUGACCUUGUUAAAAUAUUGAUUGAGCUGUUAUUUUUAUUAGAUCUCUUGUUCAACAAUUUGUCACGUUUUAAUUGCUGCUGCUUAAUCAGUUGUAUCAAUGAGAUGUAGAUGAUCUACAUGUAGAUCUAGUGUGAAAUGGACAAAUGAUGUAAUAUAAUAUAUGAUAUUGGUAGUCUACUGUUGCAUUUCUGACUUCAUCAUGUAUUCUGUGUUUGAGAUCAAACUCUGCUUUACUUAUUGGAAGAAUUAAGACAUAAUCUGGCCCACUAGGUCUAUACUAUAAUAUAAAUUCCCGACUUUGGCCUUUCGUUUUCUAUCAGGACAAACCUGAAGUCAUUCAAUAUUUCAUGAAAGAGAGUACAUUGAAAAAAAAGUCAAUUGCUAAUGCCUGUUACUGUUGGUCCAGUGCCCUGUUAAUACAUCUGGUAAAAUUGUGAAGUGUAGAAUGUAAUAUUGAAAUUGAAGUGUUCCUGGCUUGACUAUCAAUCCUUGUAAAAUUUUCAGAAGUUUACCAUAAUACUAUUGUAAAGUCUGUAAUGACCUUCAAAAAUCUUGGAUACCAAUAUUUAUUGAAAUACCCCCUAAAAGAAAUAACUAAUGCACUUUUUUCUUAUUUUAAUGUAUCUGACUAUGAGGAACACUGGCACAAGUCCCCUUGUUUUGUAAGUAACAUUGACAAUAAAUUGUGUACAGUUUUGUAAAUAGUAGUAUUGUGUGAAUUAUCCUUAGUGUAAAGUGACAGAAUCCUGCGUAAUGUUCUUAUUGGUAAAUUAAGCUGAGAUUUUUAGUCAAAUUUUGUAUUAAUGCUAUUGUAUGAUGUACACGUACUUUACUCUUGUGAAAUAACAUUUACCACUAUAGUUAGAAAAUAGAGAAAGUAUAAUGCAACUUUUUAUUAUUUUUAAAGCAGUCCUCAAAUAAUUUUAUCCUCAAAGUUAUUUCAAGCUCAAAAGGUUUAGUGUUAUUUUUAUCAGAAAUGCUGUCAAAUUGUGACUACGGGUAAUAGACACUAUUGUUUAGACUGGAAUGAAUUUUCAAAUUUCAUAAGGAAUGUGCAUCAAAGUAUAAAAUUUCCUUUUAAUCCUAGCUUCUACGUACAUGUACCAUGGCAAAACUAUCUGCAUGAAUAUUUACUGUUUUCUGUUUGUUUUGAAUUUAGCAUCAACUGUAAAUUAGGUCUUCCACAUUUUGACCAAGUAUCAGUCAGUCAUAAAUUCUAAUACAGCCAUGUUUAAUGGCCCAAUGUAUGACAUGUUUUGUUAUCAGCAUAUGAUGCAUCAUGAUACGUAUAAACAUGACAGCUACAUGUGCAUGUAUGUUUUAUGUGUAUACAACUAAUGUUAUAUGAUCCAUAGUUGGAACUUUGUGCCUAAGUCACUUACAUAUUUGUUUGAAUUAAUGAAGCUUGAAUGAACUGAUCUGCAGAGGUGUAUAUUUUGCUGGAAAUUGAUGUGAUUUUUACGGUGUUCUUCACUUUGAAUUGUUAUGCCAGAAAUUGUCUGUUUUCAACUUGAUGGUAAUUAUCAGAGAUAUAGGAUCUUUUGAAAAAAUAUGUGUGUUCAUUCCAGUUUGAGAAUUACUGUUUGGAAAAGAAAAAAUGUUCUGAAAAGGUGCUUUAAAGCAUAGAAAUUAUAUCAAUCCCUACUCAAGUUUAUGUACAGACAAUGUACAUGUAACAAGUAUUUUUUCAGUGGUUGGAGAUCAAUGUACUGGAUUGUACACAUAUGAUUUCACUAAGCAUGCCACUGCUGAUGCUAAUUCUCAAGGCAUCCAUCCUGUGCUUAAUCCUUUCCAUGUAUUUUAUUUUUGUGACGUUUCAGUCUUCAGCGUCCAUCACAGUCAGUCAUUGUAUGUUAUAUUUUUUCUGCUUCAUAAAUAAAGAAUGUUUUUAAUUCAGAGAACAA